AUGACGAUAGGUGACAAACAAAAAUGGACGGCUCAGAAAGUUCGUUCGACUUUUUUGGACUAUUUUAAAGAGAGAAACCAUAGAUUUGUUCCCUCUUCCCCCGUGAUUCCGUUCGAUGAUCCGACUCUUCUUUUUGCGAACGCUGGUAUGAAUCAGUACAAACCUAUCUUUUUGGGCACUGUGGACCCAUCUUCGGAUUUCUACGGUCUAAAGAGGGCUGUUAACUCCCAAAAAUGUAUCAGAGCCGGUGGUAAGCACAACGAUCUCGAAGAUGUGGGCAGAGACUCUUACCACCACACAUUUUUCGAAAUGCUGGGUAAUUGGUCCUUCGGCGACUACUUCAAGAAAGAGGCUAUCGAAUACUCGUGGGAGUUGUUGACGAAAGUAUACGGCAUCUCUGCUGACAAUCUUUACGUCACUUACUUCGAAGGGGACGAAAAGUUGGGCUUGCAGCCUGAUAUUGAAGCCCGUGACUUGUGGAAGGCUGUAGGCGUCGCUGAGGAUCACAUUUUACCAGGGAACGCCAAGGACAACUUCUGGGAAAUGGGCGACCAAGGCCCUUGCGGACCCUGCUCUGAAGUCCACUAUGACAGGAUUGGUGGCCGAAACGCUGCUUCUCUCGUCAACAUGGAUGAUCCAGACGUCCUUGAAAUUUGGAACAACGUUUUUAUCCAAUUUAACAGAGAGCAGGACGGGUCUUUGAAACCAUUGCCCGCUAAGCACGUUGAUACCGGUAUGGGCUUUGAGCGUCUCGUUUCGGUGUUACAGGAUGUUCGUUCCAACUAUGACACUGAUGUUUUCCAACCGCUGUUUGCACGUAUUCAAGAAAUGACAGGUUGCAGGCCUUACUCCGGUAAGUUUGGGACUGAGGAUGUCGAUGGUAUUGACACUGCUUAUAGAGUCUUAGCGGAUCAUGUGCGUACCUUAACUUUUGCCCUAGCGGAUGGUGGUGUCCCAAACAACGAAGGAAGAGGUUACGUCUUGAGGCGUGUGUUGAGACGUGGUGCUCGCUAUGCGAGAAAAUAUAUGAACUAUCCUAUCGGUAACUUUUUCUCGAGUUUGGCCCCAACUCUAAUUGACCAGGCCAAGGGGAUGUUCCCAGAAUUAGCAAAAGACCCAAGUUUCCUAUUCGAGAUUUUGGAUGAGGAAGAAGCUUCUUUUUCAAAAACAUUGGACCGCGGUGAGAGGCUGUUCGAGAAAUACGCUGAAGAAGCUUCCAAGACCUCCAGUAAAACACUUGACGGCAAACAAGUAUGGAGACUGUAUGACACAUAUGGAUUCCCUGUGGACUUGACUGAGUUGAUGGCUGAAGAACUAGGCUUGAAAAUCGAUGGUCCCGGUUUCGAGAAGGCUAAGCAAGAAUCUUACGAAGCUUCGAAAAGAGGUGGUAAGAAAGGAGCUUCUGAUCUUAUUAAGUUGAAUGUUCACGACCUUUCGAACUUGAACUCAGAUAACGUUCCCAAGACAGACGAUUCCCAUAAAUACAAUGCCGCCAACGUUAAGGCCAAAAUCUUACGUUUACACGACGGCAAUGGUUUCGUUGAAAAAAUAAAUGAGGUCGGAAAGCAAUAUGGUAUUAUUCUUGAUCAAACCUGUUUCUACGCGGAACAAGGUGGUCAGGAAUUUGACACUGGAUCUAUUGUCAUUGAUGGCGAAACCGAGUUUAAGGUGGAGAACGUUCAAUUGUACAAUGGCUUUGUUUUUCACACGGGUGCCCUUGAUGAGGGCUCACUUUCAGUGGGUGACGGAAUCAUUGCCACUUUUGAUGAAUUGCGUCGUUUCCCUAUUAAGAACAAUCACACAGGUACGCAUAUUUUGAACUUUGCUCUCAAGGAAGUUUUGGGUAGUGACGUUGACCAGAAGGGAUCUCUAGUCGCUCCUGAGAAAUUAAGAUUCGACUUUUCACACAAGAAGGCCCUGUCUAACGAUGAGAUUAAGAAAGUUGAGGAUAUUUCAAAUGACCAAGUCAAAGCCAACCACGUUGUGUACUACAAAAGCGUUCCACUUGAUCUAGCAAAAUCGAUAUGUUCCGUGAGAGCCGUUUUCGGAGAAACUUAUCCUGAUCCUGUCAGAGUGGUUUCUGUUGGAAGGCCAGUUGAUGACUUGAUCGCUGAUCCACAAAACGAAGAGUGGCAAAAAUACUCUGUUGAGUUCUGCGGUGGAACUCACGUCGCUAAGACCGGUGACAUUAAAGAGUUUAUAAUCAUCGAUGAGAGUGGUAUCGCCAAGGGUACCAGAAGAAUUGUGGCAGUUUCUGGAUCUGCAGCUCAUGAAGCCCAAAGGGUUGCAAGAAAGUUUGGUGACGACCUUGUUGCUACCGAGAAGCUUCCAUUCUCGCCAUUGAAGGAAAAGAAGCUAAAAGAGCUUGGCGUUCAGUUAGGCCAGCUACCAAUCUCCGUUGUCGCCAAAGAUGAGCUCAAGAAAAAGUUCACCAAAAUUGAGAAAUCUGUAAAAGACGAGGUCAAGACCAGGGCCAAGAAGGAAAUCAAGCAAACGAUUGAUGAAGUUAAGCAGUUUUUCGCUGACAACGAGCAAUCCAGUUACUUGGUGAAACACGUGAACAUCCCUGCUAACGCCAAAGCCAUUACGGAAGCCGUAAACCAUAUCAAAUCUUCUAGCAAUGAAAAGUCCAUCUACUUGUUUGUUGGUAAUGACCCAUCUGGUAAAGUUGCCCACGGUGGUUUUAUUUCUGACGCGGCCCUCCAAAAAGGCUUGGAUGGCCCUAGAUUAUUGAAGCUCGUAAGUGCGCAAGUUGGCGGAAAAGCCGGUGGUAAAGGCAAUGUCUUUCAAGGAAUGGGUGAUAAGCUCGAUGGUGUCGACCCAGCCGUUAAAGAGCUUAAGAACGCUUUUGCUCAGAAAUUGAGCAUUGAUUAA